AUGGCGAGCGCAUUAAGAACAUCAGUCCGACGCUUUGCGACCACGGCCGUGCGGGCAGCAGCUGCCGAGCCAACAGUCAAUGCGUAUGGGAUUCGCGUGUCGAAAGCUCAGGGCGUGGUAGACACGUUUGCCGGAGCUAUCGGCAACACUCCCCUCAUCCGCCUGAAGAAGCUCUCCGAACAGACUGGCUGCAACGUCCUAGGCAAAGCCGAGUUCCAAAAUCCUGGCGGCAGUGUGAAGGAUCGAGCCGCACUAUACGUCGUCAAAGAUGCUGAAGAACGCGGUCUGCUCAAGCCCGGCGGCACUGUUGUGGAAGGAACAGCCGGAAACACUGGUAUUGGCCUGGCCCAUGUGUGUCGAGCAAAAGGAUAUAACCUUGUGAUUUACAUGCCCAACACGCAAUCCCAAGGCAAGAUUGAUCUGUUGAGAUUGCUGGGCGCUGAAGUGUACCCUGUCCCGGCCGUCGCGUGGGAAAACCCAGAGAACUAUAACUGGCAAGCAAAACGGCAUGCCGAGAGAUUAUUGAAAGAAGAUCCCGAGCACGGCGCCGUGUGGACGAACCAGUUCGACAAUACUGCGAACCGGAGAGCGCAUAUUGAGACCACAGGACCGGAGAUCUGGGCGCAAACAGAUGGGAAGCUCGAUGCGUUUACCUGCGCAACCGGGACGGGUGGAACGCUUGCUGGUGUGACUCGCUUUCUGAAGGAUGUCAGCAACGGAUCGGUCAAAUCAUUCCUGGCAGAUCCCCCGGGAUCGGUAUUGCACUCAUAUAUCCAAUCCGGUGGGCAAUUGAAGGAACGAUCCGGCGGUAGUAUAACCGAAGGGAUCGGUCAAGGUCGCGUCACUGAUAAUCUGAAGCAAGAAGUCCAUGAACUUGACGGCUCAGUCAACAUCUCCGAUGAAAAGACCAUAGAGAUGGUCUAUCGCUGCCUCGAUGAGGAGGGUCUCUACCUCGGAGCAAGCAGCGCUUUGAACGUUGUUGCCGCAAAGGAAGUCGCUGAGAAGUUGGGUCCGAACCAUACAGUUGUCACUAUGCUAUGUGAUGGCGCGUACCGGUAUGCGGACAGACUGUUCAGUGACAAAUGGUUAAAGAGUAAGAAUUUGAGGGACGCGAUUCCGACGCAUCUGCAGAAGUACAUCGUUUUGCCAUGA